GCACCUGUGAUCGGGUCCGACAAGUUCCAGUACGACCCUCAUUUCCUUGAUGCCUACGUCAUUCGCGUUCUUGCCUUCUGGAGAGGACAGAGGGAUGCCGAAGGCGUGGACAUUGAAGAUUCUCAUCGGUGCGACUCUUGCGGAUUUCGGAACGGGUGCGAAUGGAGGGAAGUAAAAGCGAAUGAAUUCGCUCGGAUGGCUACCCGCCGUAAUAUCGAGGUGGAAUAA